AUCCAGACACCAUCUGGAGUGCACAUUAUGUUGGCAUUCAGUGCACAAAAAUGUUUUUUCCCAAUGAAUUAAUGGGGGUCAACAUUAACAUGGAGACGAGUUGUUUUAACGUGAAAAGCUGGACAUUCCCUAAGAAAUCUACAGUUUUUAUUGCUGAGCCAGAAAGGGGGAGGAUUAUACCGGUGCUACCUAUACAAAGAUAGAUAGCCAAAUUGUCCACUAUGAAAUCAGUGUCUUGGCCUUGAUUUGCAACAUGUGGUCGUGCUGAAACCGCCCGUGCAAUAAUUUCUCACUUUGGUGUCUCUGGACCCCCUAAUGCUAGUGUCUAGCUUGUCCAAUGCACGGGUUUUCCUGACCGUCCUUUCCCUGGUAGUCUGGCUGGCCACAUCCCCAACAUAGGCCUCUGGUGCUUAGUCCAGGUUUCAGUUGAGGGGUGGACUGAAAGUGAUCACAUUUUUUGUAGGGAGCGCCUCCUCUGUGCUGAACUCUCUGAGCUCUUUGGAAUUUGAAAUUUCAAAAAGGGGCUCUCCAUGAGUAAUGGUUUCAUUAAAUAUGAUGUUCGGUGUUUCCUUUGAGAUGAAUCACACGUGGCUCCGUCUGGUUGACGUGCACAUGAAUGGUGGGUGGCAAUUGUGCUGUUGUAGUAGCCUGGUUUGGCCACUGUUGCGCCAACAUCUUGACCCGUGGUUGCUGCGGCUGAGGAAUGAGGGGAAACGCCACAGCUGGUGCUUGUCUCACCGGAGCUUGCGCUGUGUAGCUUAAAUUUUGGCUUUCUCCUUGUUUGCUUGGCAUUUAGUUUACAUCACAUGAUGUACCGCAUGCUCAGCGAACUGUAUGGAUCUCACCAUAUUAUCUAGUCAGGCCUGUGCUUCUAUUGGCAUGGCCUUUUUUACCAUUACCUAUUCCACACACCUAUUAUCAGUUUUCUUAGGUUAUUAAACUUUAAAUCAAAUAGUGACAGAUCAAAUUACAUGGACUAACACUGUUAAAUUUGAAUCCAAGGAAUCUAAACUCUCAUCACUUCCCGGUGGCGUCGACUGUAUUCUCUGCUUUACUUUUUUCUGAUCAUUCCAUCUCUGCUGUAGCUUUACGGUCCUUUCCCUUGCAUGUCAUAUCAAGGCCAAGCUGUUUGUGUGUCAGUUUUUUUAAAAUUACAAGGCUUUGUGAUGUUUUUAGGAUGAAAAAAGACAUCAUAAGCGUUCUAAUGAAAGCCUGCUUGUGUUUUAAAAAUAAACACUAGUAGUCUAAAUGAUAUAUAACACUGCACUGUGGACUUGUUUUAGGACAGUAAAAUCAUCUUCCUGGUGUAUUAUUUUGUUUGAACCUAAAGGAUUUAAUUCUGUUUUGGUCUACAUAAGCAAUGACAGUAAAUGUUUUUUUUUUUUUUUUUUUCUUUUGGGAAGCUGAUAUGGUAAUUACUCUGUAAAAUAAAAAUACAGCCGUAUUUUGUAAUGGUCGUGAACGGCUUUGAGAUCAUUCAGAUUACCUGUGCAUGUUAUUGUUGGUGAUUUCAGUGACAGUAACAGCUGUUGAUUUUCUUUUAACUUGUGUAAUCCAUCAGAGACAGCUUGGGCAGUGGGUCCAAUUAGGCACGCACUGAGCCGGGUGGAGCUCAUACUGGCACACUGAUGACCUAAAUAAUGUAAAUUAUGUUCUUAUGGGUUGCUAGAAGGCCGGAUAAACAGUUUAAAACAAUUACAUAUACGUAUUUCUAUCCACUGCAUAACUGUGUCAUAAAGUCUGGAAUUGCACGCUUACUGGUUUGUAUCAUUUCAGUUAUAGUUUAAAUCAAGCAGAUUAGAGAGAUUGGUGCAAAUCCUCACUCAACUCGCCGUUUGUUUGUUCAUGUUCCCCUCAGUACCUGUCAGUCUGCACGGGAUUAGUAGUGAUUUCCAUAUGUUGAGCCAAUAGGAACCGUCCAAAUGCCACCAGACAGUGGCUGAGAGAGAAAGGCUCCCUAUCCUGUCAAUCAGCAGUGGGUUACGACUCAGAAUGUUCUUGCAGGUGAACUAGAAUACUCAAGUUGCUGCUGCAAGGAAGUCAAAAUACAGACUGGAGUGCAGUGGCACACGAACUGUAAAAUAUGUUCUCAGCACCAGCAUUGAUGAUUCAAAGGAAGCAUCACCUUUUUUGAUCUGGGGCUCUUAAAUAAAACUAUGAAGGGCGCUGAUGCCCCAUUGCACUUCUACAUCCCCUUCAGGGGAGAUGAGAUGAGCGAUUUGAGCACAUCCCUCAGCAGGGGUCCCGCUUGCUCUUCUAAUGAACCUCAAGACCACCAACCUGAACAAACCUACUUCUACAAGGAGGAGGGUCCGGUGGAGACAGCCAAACUUGGCCAUGCCGACAAAUUCAGGCUUACUGACUCAUCCGAGUUAGUGUGGGUGAAAGAGUUGUUACUGCUGUGUUCGGAAUACCAGACUUUCGUGAACAUGGGCAACCAACAAGGCAUGAGGAUCAAGACAAAUGUCAAUAGUUUACCAAAAUCGACUGGAAUCCAGAGACCAAGGAUGAGAACAGACGGCUUUGUUGACACCGGUACUCCCUUGCUUCACCUUGAGUCUCCACACCAGCCUACAAAGUCAAGAAGGCUACCUAAACUCUGGAUGGCAAGCACUCCUACAAAUGAGGAGUUACUUGAAGAAGAGAAGCACUUAAUUUGCAUGUCUGCCACUUUGGGGCAAGAAAGGGAGACAAUAGGCAAUUCAGGGUUUGAAAAGGAUGAUGGGCAAAAGGACUUUAAGCAGUCAUGGAGAGCAAAGCUUUCUCCUCAAGGGUCUUCAUGUGUCAACAGAAAAUGUCCUUUUUCAUGCAGAGAGGAAGAGAUUUCUUCAGAGACAGACCUCUCUGAAUAUGACGACAUCUGCUCCCUUUUUUAUUUGGAACCCAGGACUGAAGAUGCUAACGCAAACACGAUACAAUCGAAGGUCAAUACUCAAAAUGAGACAGCGGGACAAUCUUCUCGGGCAGCCACUGCAGCACGCGUAAUGCGAAAGAUUGAGGAGGUGGAAGGCAUCAUCAGUCGGGUGAGUCUCACCAGUUCAAACUGGAUCAAAAGAAAUGGAAACGAUGAUUCUCAUUCAAUGGAAGCCAGAUGUAUGGACAACAAGGCUCUGAACAGCCCCCAAAUCCAGACCCAAGACAAGGAGUGCAAAUACGACAAGCCUCGGCCGGUCGAUGAGCUCCGUUGUUUGGGUGAGGAGCUGAGUGAGAGUCUUCAACGAGCCCUGAAGAUGGAGGGAGAAAACAAAGAGUGGUUAUCAUUAUGCACACAGAGAGAGCAUGAAAUAGUAAAUAAGAACACACCUAUGAGAAUGCCAUCAUAUCAUCGGCACAUUUCAACAGUGGAUAACAACUCCUUGUCAAGCUGUUUGUCAACAAGUGCAGGAAUGCCCUAUAGGUCUCCAACAUUGCCUUUAUUCACAUCUAGACAAAAUCAGCAGAAAGAUGAUAUCUGUGACCAAUGCACACUGUGGACAAGAUUAGCCAAGGACAGUUGGAGUGAAAAGGAGAACUUGGAUUGGACUAAUCACAGAUGGAGAGAGGAGACACAGACGCACAGAUGCCUCAGUGAAUCUGACGUCGAUCAAGAUGGCCUGCUUUCCUCAGAUGAGGCACUCCAGAAACAGAAGGAGUUCUGGCAGCAGGAGAUCGAGGAGUCCUUGUCGUUCUGCAGGUGGUUCUCUCAUCCCUCUCGACCCGAGCUCAUCGACUUCCUGCGCAUCACCGCCCCCGAAGAUGAUAUCAGCAGGACACCCAGUCCCGUGUUACCAGACCUAAGGUCAAAAACGUCCUUUCCAGUAGAAGGAGAAGAACGAACUCCUGGCCGUCUACAAGCAGUCUGGCCACCACCCAAAGAGGAGAAAAUCGGUCUGAAGUAUUCUGAAGCAGAGCACCAGGCAGCUCUUCUGCAGCUGAAACGAGAAUGCAAAGAAGAAGUGGAAAAGUUACAGCUGGACACUAUGUUUCAGGAGGACUUCAGCCAGGAACUCUCCAGACUAAGGCUGGAAAACGAGGUCACAGUGUCCCGUUUGGAGCUCACCCUGGCCGAGCUGCGGACCAAACUCUCCCAGCUCGGCACCUUCGGACGCGGCGAGCUCAGAGACGUGGCCGUGUCCACACAAGAUGACAAAUUUGCACGCCAAGCCUUCCCCGACGUCUGCAUCCAAACUGACAGAGAGACCUUCGUCAAAAGCCAUGACGACGGGAAGAGGAGAGACUGUCCCCAAACUCAGCAGCAGGCGGUGACCCCCAAAAAACUAGACUUGGCUUCUAUCAGCUUGAGCCUGGCAGCUCAGAAAGAGGGGGGCCCACCGUGUCAGUCUGCGGGACACCACGCACCAAGCGAUAAUAUCAUUCCACCUCCUCCACCUCCACCUCUGCCAUGGUCGUCGCCAAUGCCGACCCACAAACAAUCAAACGCCCCCCCGCCACCUCCACCCCCGCCUCCACCUGCUCCAUUUAUGCCGCACGCAGCACCUCCACCUCCUCCAUCCAUCUCAGAUUUAACUUCAUCAACGCCGCCGUCUUUAUUUGCAACUCCCAGAAAACCUGUGGUGGAGCCUUCACGUCCCAUGAAGCCGCUGUACUGGACCAGAAUUCAGAUUGAGGACAAAAACAACACACUGUGGAAUGUUUUGGAAGAGCCACAUAUCAUGAAUGCAGUUGAGUUUGAGGAUCUGUUUGCCAAAACCACCACACGACUCAAAAUAAAACCACUGGUGGAGAAUUACGAGAAGAAGGCAAAAGCCAGGAAGAUCAUUAAGCUGCUGGACAGUAAACGCUCUCAGACUGUUGGCAUCCUCAUAUCAAGCCUCCACUUGGAGAUGAAAGACAUCCAACAAGCUGUUCUGACUGUGGAUAACUCUGUGGUGGACAUUGAGACUAUUGAGGCGCUGUAUGAAAAUAGAGCUCAGCCAGAGGAGCUGGAGAAGAUCAAGACACAUUACAACACAUCUCAGGAAGGGGAGGUUAAACUCUUGGACAAACCUGAACAGUUCUUGUAUGAGCUCUCGCAGAUUCCAGACUUCGCAGGCCGAGCUCGCUGCAUCAUUUUCAAGGCAGCCUUCAACGACGGGAUGGCGUCCAUUCAACACAAACUUCAGAUUAUCUCCUGUGCUCUGCUGGAAAAAGGUGGUGUGAAGGAAGUGCUAGGACUGGUCUUGGCUUUGGGGAAUCAUAUGAACGGAGGCAACAGGUUCAGAGGCCAGGCUGACGGCUUCGGUCUCGAGAUCCUUCCUAAACUCAAAGAUGUCAAGAGCAGGGACAAUCGCAUCAGCCUGGUGGACUAUGUGGUAUCAUACUACCUUCACAAUGUUGACAAGAAUGCCGGAACAGAAAAGAGUACUUUUCCACUUCCCGAACCUCAGGACGUCUUCCUGGCAGCGCAGCUCAAUUUUGAGGACCUCAAUGCAGAGCUGAGAAGGCUUGGGAGAGAUCUAACGGGAUGUGAAAAGGACGUGCGGAAGGUUUGCUCAGACUCCCCUGAGGAACAUCUGCAGCCAUUUAAAGACAGAAUGGAGAUGUUUCUUCUCAGUGCACGUAAAGAACAUGUUGGAGCUUCCUGUCAGCUGAUAACGGCACAAAAACGUUUCCAGGACUUGUGUGAGUACUUCGGCCUGAAGCCGAAAACGGGAGAAACGGAGGUGACGUCCAGUCAUUUCUUCAUGCAGUGGUUUGAGUUUUGUGCCGACUUCAAGGCCAGGUGGAAAAGGGAGAAUCGGAACGUCACUAAAGAAAGGUUAAAAGAGGCCCAGCAGUCAGUGAGGAGGAUCACAGCAGAGAAGAACGUGGAGACCAGAAAGAUCAUCCCUAACAGUCUGAAAGAACGACUGCGGCAGAAGGAAGCUAACAUGAUCUCAAUUUAAAAUUGGAGAAUGAAAAACAGAAAUGAUAUUUAGAAUAUAUCGUGGAACCUCUGAAGUCCAUCCAUCCGCACGUCCGUUUUCUAUUCCGCUUGUCCUAUCGCAUCUGACUUUGGGCGAACGGCGGGACGUACCUCGGGGUGCUCGCCAGGUAAUUGCAAGGGUGCGUGUACAAUAGACAAAUAAACAUUCACGCCCAUUGGAGUCUUUAAUGAGCCUAACGUGUGUUUUCCGAAUGUGGGAGAAAGCCCAAGUACCCGAAGAAAACCCACACAAGUACGGGACAAAACGCAAACCCGCGAAGGAAUGCCUGAGCCGAGAUUCGAACCCAGACGCUCUUGAUUGCGCGACAGAUGUGCGUCGUCCUCGCGUCCCCCACGCUGUUGUAGAACAGGAAGUGGAACCUUUUGUGAUGACGUGGUCCACACGUCUCCAUUUUGGCUUCUUACUACAAUACGGCUCAAGCAACAUUGGUCAACAACAUGAUAUAAUAAGAAAGGAAUGUACACUCAGAUGUAAUUUGUCUUUUUAGUCACCGAAAACCUUUCUUGCACUGCAGGGGUUAACUCGUUUUUCAUACAUGAGAGUUAAUAAUGUAAAAAUGUUGCGUCUACAGUUAAUAAAGACUUUUAUGAUGGCCCUGAUGUGAGCCUGGAAAUUACAGUAUAUUCAUUUCUAUUACUCCUAUCGGACUAAAUUUUCUUAAUAUCAUCUCAUCUUAAGUUUGACCUUAGAGGUUCCACUGUACUAAGUGUAUCGUUGUUGCCCUCACUGAGCUGGACCGGAAUGGAUCAGGGAACUGAACUCUUUAAAAGGUUUUAUUUUCUGUCGGUGACGACUUUACUAUGAUCCCUUCACCACUAUCCACCCAAUGUUUUUCUACCACUUAUCGUUUUCAGGGUCACCGGUGAUCUUGAGCCGACGUAUAAGCAAAUCUCUUGUGAGUCUUAAAAUAUGGAUCCACUAAUAAAUAAGUCAUUAUAAUUGUGUGAUGGCUGUUUUAUUCGCAAGCAAAUGUAGAAGAUACACAAAUUGUGUACACGAUUGAAAAUGAAGUAGCUUGAAGCAUCUUUUCUACAACGUUUCAUCAGAGCCCUCGGUUGACAUUCCACAUUGUGGAAACUAGACACAAACAUCGCACACACGAUCACCCUUUCUGUUAUCAAAUAGUUUGACAUUGUAUUUUGUAGCUGCAAAGUCAGGAGUGAAACAAUGAGAACAUCUGAGCAUGUGUUUGGCAAAAAUGGGAAUAUAUAUGUUGACAUAAUAUAUGUUUAUGUCAUGACUUGUUGGGUGAUCCCCGAUGGGACAAGGCGAAAUUCACAAAAAUAACUGUAUGUCAACCAAUUCCACAUUAUUCUAUUGUAUGGGAAAAUGUAAAUAACGUUGGUGUAGCUUGAUAUUUUGUGUUUAAUGAGACAUAAAAA